AUGGCGGCCGUGUCAGUUUGGGGCAUCUCCGCGGUCCGGCCCGGGGUCCUGGUAUCCCGGCUCUCUUCCUCCCCGGAUUCUUUCUACUAAUCCAGAUACUUGUUGAAGUGCUGAAUAGUUUCUUGGGGAAAGAUGUCAAGGAAGAGUUUCAGUUCAUAGACUGGCAUAAGAUAAACAUUCUUCUGCUGGGAGUGACAUGUUCCUGAGUUUUUACAACUUUAUGAAGAGACCCACAUGUGGUGCUAUUGAGAAAUUUAUUGGGAAGUUUGAAGACAUUUCAAAUAACUGGUAGUUGCGGUUUCUAAAGUAAAGUGGGGAGGCAUCUAUUUUAUGAAAGGAGGAAGGACUUAGGCCAGAAAACUUGUAUGCUAUGGUUAACUGGUUCUCAGCCUCCGAGAAUGUUGUUUUCCAUGGUGUAAAACUUACUCAGCAUCAGGAUAAGGGAUAACGACUCUAUGGAUAUACGAAUCCUUCACCAUGGUAAAACUCGCUAAUCCGCUGUAUACGGAAUGGAUUUUGGAGGCCAUAAAAAAAGUGAAGAAGCAGAAACAGCGUCCUUCAGAAGAAAGGAUAUGCAAUGCAGUGUCUUCAUCCCAUGGCUUGGAUCGUAAAACUGUUUUAGAACAAUUGGAGUUGAGUGUUAAAGAUGGAACAAUUUUAAAAGUUUCAAAUAAGGGUCUCAAUUCCUAUAAAGAUCCUGAUAAUCCUGGGCGAAUAGCACUUCCUAAACCUCGAAACCAUGGAAAAUUGGAUAAUAAACAAAAUGUAGAUUGGAAUAAACUGAUCAAACGGGCAGUUGAUGGCUUGGCAGAGUCUGGUGGCUCAACUUUGAAAAGCAUUGAACGUUUUUUGAAAGGUCAGAAGGAUGUGUCUGCAUUAUUUGGAGGCAGUGCUGCCUCUGGCUUUCACCAGCAGUUACGAUUGGCUAUUAAACGUGCCAUUGGCCAUGGCAGACUCCUUAAAGAUGGACCUCUUUAUCGGCUCAACACUAAAGCAACCAAUGUGGAUGGGAAAGAGAGUUGUGAGUCUCUUUCCUCUUUACCUCCAGUGUCACUCCUUCCACAUGAAAAGGAUAAGCCGGUUGCUGAACCCAUCCCCAUCUGUAGUUUCUGUCUUGGUACAAAAGAACAAAAUCGAGAAAAGAAGCCCGAGGAACUCAUCUCCUGUGCUGACUGUGGAAACAGUGGUCAUCCAUCCUGUUUAAAGUUUUCCCCUGAACUAACGGUUAGAGUGAAGGCCUUACGGUGGCAAUGCAUCGAGUGUAAAACCUGCAGCUCCUGUCGAGAUCAAGGCAAAAAUGCAGAUAACAUGCUCUUUUGUGAUUCCUGUGACCGAGGUUUUCACAUGGAGUGUUGUGACCCACCACUCACCCGGAUGCCAAAAGGCAUGUGGAUAUGUCAAAUAUGUCGACCUAGGAAAAAAGGACGAAAACUUCUACAAAAGAAGGCGGCACAGAUAAAACGGCGCUAUGCUAAUCCAAUAGGACGUCCAAAAAACAGGUUAAAGAAACAAAACACGGUAUCAAAAAGUCCCUUCAGCAAAGUUCGAACCGGCCCUGGACGGGGUCGGAAACGUAAAAUCACCAUCUCCAGCCAAUCAGCAUCAUCAUCGGAAGAAGGAUAUUUAGAACGAAUAGAUGGCUUGGACUUCUGCAGAGAUAGCAGUGUCCCCUUGAAGUUCAACAAGAAAACCAAAGGGCUCAUUGAUGGCCUUACCAAAUUCUUCACCCCUUCCCCGGAUGGGCGGAAACCUCGAGGGGAAGUGGUAGACUACUCUGAGCAAUAUAGAAUCAGGAAAAAGGGCAACAGAAAAUCAAGCACUUCAGAUUGGCCCACAGACAAUCAGGAUGGCUGGGAUGGCAAACAAGAAAGUGAGGAACGGCUUUUUGAGAGCCAGGAAAUCAUGACUGAGAAAGAUAUGGAGUUAUUUCGUGAUAUCCAAGAACAAGCACUGCAGAAAGUUGGAGUGACUGGUCCCCCUGAUCCACAAGUUCGCUGUCCCUCUGUCAUUGAGUUUGGGAAGUAUGAAAUUCACACCUGGUACUCUUCCCCAUAUCCUCAAGAAUACUCAAGACUGCCGAAAUUGUAUCUUUGUGAAUUCUGUCUAAAAUAUAUGAAAAGUAGAACUAUUCUACAGCAGCACAUGAAGAAAUGUGGUUGGUUCCAUCCUCCUGCCAAUGAGAUUUACAGAAAGAAUAACAUAUCGGUCUUUGAGGUUGAUGGGAAUGUGAGUACCAUUUAUUGUCAGAACCUGUGUCUCUUGGCAAAGUUGUUUCUUGACCACAAAACACUCUAUUACGAUGUGGAGCCAUUUCUUUUUUAUGUACUAACACAGAAUGAUGUCAAGGGCUGCCACCUUGUUGGCUACUUUUCUAAAGAAAAGCACUGCCAACAGAAAUACAACGUUUCCUGUAUAAUGAUUCUUCCCCAAUACCAGCGUAAGGGCUAUGGCAGGUUUCUCAUCGAUUUCAGUUAUUUGUUAUCAAAGCGCGAAGGCCAAGCAGGGUCUCCAGAGAAACCAUUAUCCGAUCUAGGUCGUCUUUCCUACAUGGCUUAUUGGAAAAGUGUAAUAUUGGAGUGCCUUUAUCAUCAAAAUGACAAGCAAAUCAGCAUUAAAAAGUUAAGUAAGUUGACUGGAAUCUGCCCUCAAGACAUUACUUCCACACUCCACCACCUAAGAAUGCUGGACUUCCGUAGUGACCAAUUUGUGAUUAUCCGCCGGGAAAAACUUAUUCAGGAUCACAUGGCAAAGCUUCAGCUGAAUUUGCGACCUGUAGAUGUAGAUCCAGAAUGUUUGCGCUGGACUCCUGUCAUAGUCUCCAAUUCUGUUGUCUCAGAGGAGGAAGAAGAGGAGGCUGAGGAAGGAGAAAAUGAAGAGCCGCAGUGCCAGGAAAGGGACUUAGAGACAAGUGUGGGAAAGUCUGCAUCUCGGGAAAACAAAGAACAAAAUUCUUAUUCUUCAAUAGAAAGUGAAAAGAAACCAGAAGUUAUGGCACCGGCCAGUUCUACACGUUUGAACAAACAAGUCCUUCCCCGUGAUAGUCUUCCUGCAAAUAAUCAGCCAUCUCGGAGAGGCCGCUGGGGGAGGAAGAACAGAAAAACCCAGGAACGUUUUGGUGAUAAAGAUUCUAAACUGCUCUUGGAAGAGACAUCAACUCCUCAGGAACAAUAUGGAGAAUGUGAGGAAAAAUCAGAAACCUCCCAAGAACAAUACACUGAAAGUGAGGAACAGUUGUCAGCCUGUCAGGAGCAGCCAAGCCAGGAUGGGAAGCCAGAUAUUCCCAAAAGAAGACUGAGUGAGGGGGUUGACCUAUGGCGAGGACAGAUAAAGAAAAGCCCUGAGGCUCUGAAGUGUAGGUUACCAGACGGCAAUGAUAGAUUGCCCCGUCGCUAUAGUGAUGGCGACAGGGCUCUCCUCAGGGGCUUCAGUGAGAGCAGUGAGGAGGAAGAGGAGCCAGACAGUCCUCGAUCCAACUCACCACCAGUUCUUACAAAGCCCACACUGAAGCGAAAGAAACCAAUUCUUCACCGUAGAAGGAGAGUCCGAAAGCGCAAACACCACAAUAGCAGUGUGGUCACAGAAACUAUAUCGGAGACUACAGAGGUAUUAGAUGAACCUUUUGAAGACUCUGACUCUGAAAGGCCAAUGCCAAGAUUAGAACCCACCUUUGAGAUUGAUGAAGAAGAAGAGGAAGAGGAUGAAAAUGAACUCUUCUCUAGAGGUUACUUCCAUCGUUUGUCCUCACAGGAUGUUCUCAGGUGCCGAUCCUCUUCUAAGAGGAAGUCUAAAGAUGAAGACGAUGACGACGAAGAAUCAGAUGAUGCUGAUGAUACUCCUAUCCUAAAGCCAGUAUCUCUAUUGAGAAAAUGUGAUGUGAAGGAUUCUCCACUUGAGCCAGAUACAUCCACACCUAUGAAAAAGAAAAAGGGAUGGCCCAAAGGCAAGAGCCGCAAACCAAUCCACUGGAAGAAAAGACCUGGUCGCAAACCGGGAUUCAAGUUGAAUCAGGAAAUCAUACCCAUUUCUACUCAAGAAUGCAUUGUUGAGCCCAUUGUCCCCAUGCCUAAACCUGGACGUAAAUCCAAAAUUCAAGAGAAUGAAGAAACUGUUGAAUCAAAAGAAGACUUGCCUUUAACCGAAGAAAGAAAGGAGGAGGAGGAGAUGCACGUGGAAGCAGAAGAGGGAGAAGAGGGAGAAGAAGAAGACACAGCGAGCAGUGAGGUUAGAGCAGCUUCUCCAGUGGAUAGCAGCAACAGUCCCGAGACAGAAACAAAAGAACCUGAGGUAGAGGAGGAAGAAGAGAAACCCCGUGUCUCAGAAGAGCAGAGGCAAUCCGAGGAAGAGCAGCAGGAGCUGGAAGAACAGGAGCAAGAGGAAGAGGACGAAGUGGCUGUAGAGACAAACCAGAACGAGGACCAUGAUGCAGAUGAUGAAGAUGAUGGUCACCUGGAAUGUGUGAAGAAGAAAGAGCGAGAGGAGCAGCCAAUUGGCGAAGAGGUCAAGGAGGAGCCUGGGGGGCCAGAGGCUUUUUUAGAUACGAAUAUGCAGAGCAGUAGGGAGAACAUAAAGGACAAAGAUGAAACAGAACCAGAUUCUGAAGAGGAGCAGACUUCCCAUGAAGCAUCCGUGCUGUCGGAACACGUGCCGGGGUCUGAGGACGACCAUGAAGACGAGUCCAAUUCUAAAGAAGAAUUAAUUGAGUUAAAAGGGGAGGAAGCGAUUCCUCACAGUGAACUGGAUCUGGAAACCGUGCAAGCCGUGCAGUCUUUGACUCAAGAAGAAAGCAACGAGCAUGAGGGCGCCUACCAGGACUGUGAGGAGACGCUGGCCGCCUGCCAGACGCUGCAGAGCUACACGCAGGCUGACGACGACCCGCACGUGUCCAUGGUUGAAGACUGCCAUCCUUCGGAACACAAUAGCCCGCUCUCUUCUGUUCAGUCUCAUCCCAGCCAGUCAGUCCGUUCGGUCAGCAGCCCCAACGUGCCUGCCCUCGAAAGCGGUUACACCCAGAUCAGCUCAGAGCAAGGAUCCCUGUCGGCGCCCUCUAUGCAGAACAUGGAGACCAGCCCCAUGAUGGAUGUGCCUUCCGUAUCAGACCACUCUCAGCAGGUGGUGGACAGCGGCUUCAGUGACCUGGGCAGCAUAGAGAGCACCACAGAGAACUACGAGAACCCUAGCAGUUACGAUUCCACAAUGGGCGGCAGCAUUUGUGGGAAUAACUCUUCCCAGAGCAGCUGCUCCUACGGGGGGCUGUCCUCCUCCAGCAGCCUCACCCAGAACAGUUGUGUGGUCACUCAGCAGAUGGCAAACAUGGGCAGCAGCUGCAGCAUGAUGGCGCAGAACAGUGUCCAGCCUGCUGCCAACUGCAACAUCAAGUCACCUCAGAGCUGCGUGGUGGAGAGGCCUCCCAGCAACCAGCAGCCGCCGCCGCCACCGCAGCAGCCGCAGCCGCAGCCGCAGCCAGCCCCGCAGCAGCCGCCGGCACCGCAGCCUGCGCCCCCGCAGCCGCCGCAGCCGCAGCCGCCGCCGCCGCCGCCGUCCCAGCAGCCGCAGCCGCCGCCGCCACCCCAGCAGCAGCCGCCCCUGUCCCAGUGCAGUAUGAAUAACAGUUUCACUCCAGCGCCCAUGAUCAUGGAGAUCCCCGAAUCCGGAAGCGCUGGGAACAUCAGUAUCUAUGAGAGGAUCCCAGGGGAUUUCGGUGCGGGUAGCUACUCCCAGCCGUCGGCCACCUUCAGUCUAGCCAAGCUGCAGCAGCUGACCAACACCAUUAUGGACCCUCAUGCCAUGCCUUAUAGCCAUUCUCCUGCUGUGACUUCCUAUGCAACCAGUGUUUCUUUGUCUAAUACAGGACUGGCUCAGCUAGCUCCAUCUCAUCCAUUAGCUGGGACCCCUCAAGCACAAGCCACCAUGACACCACCCCCGAACUUGGCGUCCACCACCAUGAACCUCACGUCACCUCUGCUGCAGUGCAACAUGUCUGCUACCAACAUUGGCAUUCCUCACACUCAGAGGUUGCAAGGGCAAAUGCCAGUCAAGGGGCAUAUUUCCAUCCGCUCCAAAUCGGCACCGCUGCCCUCUGCGGCUGCCCACCAGCAGCAGCUGUAUGGCCGCAGCCCGCCAGCCGUUGCCAUGCAAGCUGGCCCUCGUGCAUUGGCUGUUCAGCGCGGCAUGAACAUGGGGGUUAAUUUAAUGCCAACCCCUGCCUAUAAUGUCAAUUCCAUGAAUAUGAACACCUUGAAUGCCAUGAACAGCUAUCGAAUGACACAGCCUAUGAUGAACAGCAGUUACCAUAGUAACCCUGCCUACAUGAACCAGACAGCACAGUAUCCUAUGCAGAUGCAGAUGGGGAUGAUGGGGAGCCAGGCCUAUACCCAGCAGCCUAUGCAGCCAAACCCUCAUGGAAACAUGAUGUACACUGGCCCCUCCCAUCACAGCUACAUGAAUGCUGCUGGUGUGCCCAAGCAGUCACUCAACGGACCUUACAUGAGAAGAUGAGCAAGCGAAACUUUCACUGAAAAAACUUAAAUAUAUAUAAAUAAAGGAACCUUUUAUACUGACAAACCAGAGAAAAAUGGACCUUUUUUUCCAGUUAAAAUAUUGCUGUAGAUUUAGAGGAAUUUUUCUUUGGUUUAUUUUACUUUUUAGAAAACCUGGUCUUCUCUUUUUUGGGGAUUCCUUUUGUUCUGGGUUUUGGUUUUCUUCACAAUCUUGAACAUUUUACAAUAGAACUCAUCUAAAUGGAUUUGGGGAUAGGGGAAACAUGCACAAAAAAUCUUUUCAUAAUUAAAAAGAGCCUUACUUUCUUUACGCACCACAUGGACAGAAUUUGUGUAAAGGUGAAAUAUCUUUAUUUUAUUUUAAAAUGUAUGUUUCCCCUCACUGUUUGCAGCUCCCAAUGUUGUCAUUUUUAAAUGUUAUAUAUACAUCUCGAGGGUUAGCCAGGCCCUGUCCUCCAAACCCAACCUUUCAUUUCCUACUUCAUUCCAGCAGGAGGCACUUAUGGGAGACUCGGAUGGGGACGUGGAGAACAACCCAAGCUCCUUAAACUUAUUAUUAUUGUUAAUAUUAUUAUUAUUAUUAUUAUUAAUAAAGUGAGGCAGGAAAAUGCUUCUCCUUUUAAAAUCCCCUCCACUCCCUACACACACACACACACACACACACACACACACACACACACACACACACACACACACACACACCUCUUGAAACCUUUCCCCAAGAAUGUUUCUUUAUAGAUGGACUUCAUCGAAAUGUUUGUCUUUCUUAAAUCAAGUGUAAUAUAAUUUUUUUUUACUAUUCCCACUCAGCACUCAGAGACACAAAAAUACUGUAAGUCUCAAUUAACAGCAGAAUCUCAGAGGAAAGCUGUUUGCAAUCCUAAUUCAGCCUUGGAGGAGUAGAGAUGAUCAAUUAACAAUCAAAAAGAGGAAAUGAGCCUCUUGUUUUUUACCACCUGGUGAAUCAGCCAUAAUGCCCAUAUUCCAUGCAGCCUCUUGUUUUUAGUAUGUACUUUGAGAUGCUAAGGGUCUUGAUUUUUGAGCCUUUGACUCUAAUUAAACUCAAGCAGCAGUUCCCAGCAAUUAGCCUCUUACAUUUCUUACAGUGUUGGUGGAUGACUGUACAUGUCAGUGAUUUGAAAAUACCUGACGAAACUUGGACAGUUUGUUUUAUGUUGGAAGGGAUGACACAGGACGUGUGUCAUAAGGGAGAUCGUGGCGUGUGUUUAUAGCUACUUAAAUAAUACAUACCUCUAGUCUUCAUAUGUCUUCUGCCAUCCUGAGUUCCCCCUGUGAAUCAGUGCACCAGCCCCUCUCCGGGAGUGGCUGAAGAGAAGAGGGAUGAACCAACCACCAGCAUAGUAGGGCAAACGUGGACAGCAGGGUUUUAUCAGGCUCCUAUGUUGUUCCCAGUUCCACUCUCUUUUCUUAUGCAGCCGGUUUGCCCAUUCUCUUCCUGUUACUUGCUCCAGGGAUAGGUAAAAAAUAUAUAUAUAUAUAUAUAUUCCAUCAUUAGAAGAUGGAAACUAUUAUACCACUUGGUAUGUGCAGUCAAAUAUCCAAAAGGGGGAAGUACUGCUUAAGAAUUACCUGUAAGCAUUAAAUUCUCCUUUAUUUGUACACUUUAUAUAGAUAAAUUUUUGAAGUACUAAUUAGGCAUUAAAUUUUUUCAAAUGCACAGGUUUGUUGGUUUUUUUUAAUACACUUUAAUUGACUUUCUCAAUUAAAUGUGUUAGGUAGAAAAAAAGCAGAAUUCACAUCUUACCGCUAUCAAUUCUGAGCAUGUGCAAGGCUGUGUAGGACCCAGUUUCUCUGUAUAUACUAUUCCGGUUCCCAAUCAUCUAUGUAGAAAGUGCACUGUGCUGCCCUCUCCCUACAUCUUCAGCUAUGUCACUGCUUCCUGGUGGGGGUGGGGGUGGGGUGGGUCGGGAGGGAAGUAUAUGGGGAGGAGGGGGGGGAUCAAGGCAGAAGGAGAAGCUGUUGAAAUGAGGGCCGUGAAUUCAGUUUCUGUUGGUUUGCGGUUGUGUUUGGUUUUGUUUAUUUCUUUAAAAAAAUAAAAAUUCAAUCGGGCAGCUCCCUUUUUCCACAAGCCUUUUUGUGACUGUAGAACUAUUGUAGAGAAAAUGUUCUUUUCUAUAUUAUAAAAGAAAUUAUCCAACACAGUAAUAUUGGUACCUGUCAUUUUUUCACUUCUGUUUAAAAAAAAAUGUAUUUUUAGCAAAAUAACUUGGGUAAUCUUCUAAAAAAGAAAUUUAAAAACUCACUGUUAGUGACUUUGAUGCCUUUUAAAAUAAGAGCUUUUUCAUUUCAUUCCAUCUUUAAAAUUUUUUAUCUUUGUUGUAGAAUAUUAAAAACUAUUUUAAGAAAGAUAAAAAUUCUCUUUAAAGAGAUCUCUAGAGUGUGUGAAUAGAGCUCCAGAUGCCUCUAAAAGCCGCAUGUACAAAUGAAGCUAAGUCUAUACCUGUCUGUUUAUAUUUGCUUUUCCUGUUUUGUAACCUCUUUGUACUUUGUUCAUGGUGACUUGUAAGCUAAGGGGAAGGGAUACCUAGAUGCCUUUGUAUUUCUCCAUGUCACGCGCUCCUGGGCCAGUCGGUGUCCCUUCCUCUCCUUGUAUGUAAUACCGCUUUUUUUUCCCCUUUCUAGCAAGUACUUUCAAAAGAACUCUGUACAUUUUAACAUAAAAAAAUAAAUUAUGUUGAGCCAUUUUGGA